UAGCCUGGGGCUGGAAAUGGCCCUCUCCGUGGACUCAUCUUGGCACCAGUGGCAGUGGAGAGUCAGAUAUGGCCUCCCCCAGUCUCCAUCGGAAGUCACGCCACUGCUCUUGCCAGAGAAGGGGAGGCGGAGUUACAACCUGCCACAGCAGCGGGUCGUGUUUCCCAACAACAGCUUAUUCCACCAGGAUUGGGAAAAGGUCUCCAGGAGAUACCCUGGAAACAGAAUCUGCACGACCAAGUAUACCCUCUUCACCUUCCUGCCCCGGAAUCUGUUUGAGCAGUUUCACAGAUGGGCUAACCUCUAUUUCCUGUUCCUGGUAAUUCUAAACUGGGUGCCUUCCUUGGAGGUCUUUCACAAGGAAAUCACCAUGUUACCAUUGGUCAUUGUCCUGUUCAUCAUCAUGGUCAAGGAUGGCAUGGAAGACUUCAAAAGACACCGCUUUGAUAAAGCGAUAAACUGUUCCAACAUUCAAAUAUAUGAAAGAAAAGAGAAGACCUAUGUACAGAGGCACUGGAAGGAUGUGCACGUGGGAGAUUUCAUCCAAAUGCGAUGCAACGAGAUCAUCCCAGCAGACAUACUCCUCCUCUUUUCCUCGGACCCCAGCGGGAUAUGCCACCUGGAAACUGCCAACUUGGAUGGAGAGACAAACCUCAAACAAAGGCGUGUUGUGAAGGGCUUCUCACAGCAGGAGGGACAGUUCGAACCAGAACAUUUCCACAAUACCAUCGUGUGUGAGAAACCCAACAACCACCUCAACAAAUUCAAAGGUUAUAUGGAGCAUCCUGACCAGACCAGGACUGGCUUUGGCAGUGAGAGUCUUGUGCUUCGAGGCUGCACCAUCAGAAACACCGAGGUGGCUGUUGGCAUUGUCAUCUAUGCAGGCCAUGAGACAAAAGCCAUGCUGAACAACAGCGGCCCCCGCUACAAACGCAGCAAGAUCGAGCGGCGCAUGAACACUGACAUCUUCUUCUGCAUCGGACUCCUCUUUCUCAUGUGCCUCGUUGGAGCCGUAGGUCACAGCCUCUGGAAUGGGAUCUUUGAAGAACACCCUCCCUUCGACGUGCCAGAUGCUAAGGGCAGCUUCCUUCCCCUUGCCGUUGGGGGCUUCUACAUGUUCCUCACAAUGAUCAUCCUGCUCCAGGUGCUGAUCCCCAUCUCUUUGUAUGUCUCCAUUGAGCUGGUGAAGCUCGGGCAAGUAUUCUUCCUGCACAAUGACCUUGACCUGUAUAAUGAAGAGACCGAUUCUUCCAUUCAAUGCCGAGCCCUCAACAUCACUGAGGACCUAGGCCAGAUCCAGUAUGUCUUCUCCGACAAGACAGGGACCCUGACAGAGAACAAGAUGGUGUUCCGGCGUUGCACCAUCAUGGGCAGCGAGUAUUCUCACCAAGAAAAUGCCAAGCGACUGGAGACCCCAAAGGAACCGGACUCAGACAGUGAAGAGUGGACCCAAUACCAAUGUCUGUCCUUCCCAGCCAGACAGGCCCAGGGACCAGCAACUAUGAGAGGCCAAAAAGGUGCCCAACCACUGAGAAGGAGCCAGAGUGCCCGGGUGCCCAUCCAGGGCCACUCCCGUCAAAGGUCCAUGGGUUGCUAUGAAACCUCACAGCCUCCUGUGGCCUUUAGCAGCUCCAUAGAAAAAGAUGUGACUCCAGAUAAAAACCUGCUAACCAAGGCUCGAGAUGCUGCUCUAUGGCUAGAGACCUUGUCAGACAGCAGACCUGCCAAACCUUCCUUCUCCACGGCCUCCUCCAUUGCUGACUUCUUCCUGGCCCUAACCAUCUGCAACUCCGUCAUGGUGUCCACAACCACUGAACCCAGGCAGAGAAUCACCAUCCCACCCUCAAACAAGCCUCUGGGGACAUCCCUGGAGAAAAUUCAGCAGCUCUUCCAGAGGUUGAAACUAUCAAGCCUCAGCCAGUCUUUCUCGUCCACUGCACCCUCUGACACAGACCUGGGGGAGAGUUUGGGGGCCAACAUGCCCACCACAGACUCCGACGAGAGAGAUGAUAUGUCUGUGUGCAGCGGAGGCUACUCCACUGACGGCGGCUACAGGAGCAGCACGUGGGACCAGGGGGACAUCCUGGGGUCUGGGUCGGCCGCUUCCUUGGAGGAGACACUGGAGUCCCCAGCUCCAGGCCUGGCCGGGCCCGAGGUCUGUUAUGAGGCUGAGAGCCCCGACGAGGCGGCCCUGGUGCAUGCUGCCCACGCCUACAGCUUCACACUGGUGUCCCGGACACCCGAGCAGGUGACCGUGCGCCUGCCGCAGGGCACCUGCCUUACCUUCAGCCUCCUCUGCACCCUGGGCUUUGACUCCAUCAGGAAGAGAAUGUCCGUGGUUGUGAGACAUCCGUUGACUGGUGAGAUCAUUGUCUACACAAAGGGCGCAGACUCAGUCAUCAUGGACCUACUGGAAGACCCAGCCUGUGUGACUGACAUUGAUGUGGAAAAGAAGCUGAGAAAAAUCCGAGCCCGUACCCAAAAGCACCUAGACUUGUAUGCAAGAGACGGCCUGCGUACACUCUGCAUAGCUAAGAAGGUCAUGAGUGAGGAGGACUUCCGGAGAUGGGCCAGUUUCCGGCGUGAGGCUGAGGCGUCCCUCGACAACCGAGAUGAGCUUCUAAUGGAGACAGCGCAGCAUCUGGAGAACCAACUCACCUUGCUUGGAGCCACUGGGAUUGAAGAUCGGCUGCAGGAAGGAGUUCCAGACACAAUCGCUGCUCUGCGGGAGGCGGGGAUCCAGCUCUGGGUCUUGACUGGAGAUAAGCAGGAGACCGCCGUCAAUAUCGCCUAUUCCUGCAGACUCUUAGAUCAGACUGACACUGUCUACUCCAUCAAUACAGAGAGUCAGGAAACCUGUGAAUCCAUCCUCAACUGUGCCUUGGAGGAAGUAAAGCAAUUUCAUGAACCAGAGAAGGCAGACCACAAGUUCUUUGGGUUCCAUCUACCUUCUAAGACUUCAUCUACCACCUCAGGAACUAUGGUUCCAGAAGCCGGAUUGGUCAUCGAUGGGAAGACAUUGAAUGCCAUUUUCCAGGGAAAUCUGGAGAAGAAGUUUCUGGAGUUGACCCAGUAUUGUCGGUCUGUCCUGUGCUGCCGCUCCACCCCACUCCAGAAGAGUAUGAUAGUCAAGCUGGUGCGAGACAAGAUGCAUGUCAUGACCCUUUCCAUAGGAGAUGGAGCAAAUGACGUAAGCAUGAUUCAAGCUGCUGAUGUUGGAAUUGGAAUAUCUGGACAGGAAGGCAUGCAGGCCGUCAUGUCCAGCGACUUUGCCAUCUCCCGCUUUAGACACCUCAAGAAGCUGCUGCUUGUGCACGGCCACUGGUGCUACUCACGCCUAGCCAGGAUGGUGGUGUACUACUUCUACAAGAAUGUGUGCUACGUCAACCUGCUCUUCUGGUACCAGUUCUUCUGUGGUUUCUCCGGCUCCACCAUGAUCGAUUACUGGCAGAUGAUAUUCUUCAACCUCUUCUUCACCUCUUUGCCUCCUCUGGUCUUUGGCAUCCUGGACAAAGACAUCUCUGCAGAGACACUCAUGGCAUUGCCUGAGCUGUACAAGAGCGGCCAAAACUCCGAGUGCUACAACCUGUUGACUUUCUGGAUUUCCAUGUUGGAUGCAUUCUACCAGAGUCUCGUCUGUUUCUUUAUCCCUUACCUGACCUACAAGGGCUCUGAUAUUGAAGUCUUUACCUUUGGGACACCCAUCAACACCAUCUCCCUCACCACAAUCCUCUUGCACCAGGCAAUGGAAGUGAAGACAUGGACCAUCAUCCAUGGGCUCGUCCUCCUAGGCAGCUUCCUGAUGUACUUUGUGGUGUCCCUGCUGUACAACGCUACCUGUGUCAUCUGUAACAGCCCCACCAAUCCCUACUGGGUGAUGGAAGACCAGCUCUCAGACCCCACUUUCUAUCUCCUUUGCUUCCUCACACCCGUCGUGGCUCUUCUCCCAAGAUACUUUCUCCUGUCGCUGCAAGGGACCUAUGGGAUGUCUCUGAUCUCAAAAGCUCAAAAAAUUGAUAAACUCCCCAUGGACAAAAGAGACCUAGAAAUCCAGAGUUGGAGACGCAGACAGUGGUCUUCACCUGUAUCUGAAAUUUCUCAUCCCACCCACCAUCCAAUGCCACCCAUCCCAGAACAGGACUUCUGCAAAAGCACUCCAAAGAACACUAGCCCUCCCAAGCGGAAGCACACUGAGGACUUGGUGCUCCAUGGACAGAGAUGUGGCAGAGAGCACGUGAGGGAUGAUCCAUGUUCAGGGAACUCCUCAGCUAAACUCUCAUCUGGAGAACAUCUUCUGGGGCUUAAUAAUACAAUGGCUUCUGGAGCCUACUCAAGAGGACAGAAUGACGUGUCCCGGCGCUCAAAGAGUGGCAGCCAUCGCCGAUCCCAGAGUUCACUGACCAUAUGA